AUGGUCGAUCGAAAUCGUUUUGAAAUUUUAGAAGAGAACAUCGAGAGUAUUAUUGAUCAUUGUCGGGAAGCUGGAAUCGUCGUUUGCGACUACCAACCAAGUGUAUCGUUUCAAAAAAAGAUCAAUGACUUGGUGUUUAAGUUACAGGAUGUGGAUCGUAUGCAAGUUGAGAUGCAAGAUGUACAUGUUCCUAUUGAAUUAUUUUCUAAAAUCGAUGCUGGUCAAAACCCUCAAUUGUACACUCGUGAGUGUAUGGAGCAAGCACUAGCUAAGAACGAAGCAGUUCGUGGUAAAUUAGACAGUCUUCGUCGUUUUCGAGUGUUGCUCAUGUCCGAAUUAUCUCGUCAAUUUCCUAACGAAAUGGCUAAAUAUCGAGCUGUUCGUGGUGAUCCUGAAGCACCGACAGUUGGUCCUGCAAUAUCCAGUAACUCUCAAUCAAACGGAUCUGGCACUGAAACGGGUCCAGAAUCCGUUUCAAUCAGAUAA